AUGAUUUUUAUGUUGCAGCUGCCACUGAAUACAAAGCAAGAACCAAAACUCUGGAUCACUGAAGAGAAUCUUUACUAUCGUCUCGUACUGGUGAGUAUAUAGAUUGGACAUAAUUUGCUUACAUUACAUUUCUACUGCCCAUCUUAGGCCGCUAGAGGAGAAAGACGAGCCCAAAAAUGAACCUAACUCAAUUCUUCGGUUUCGUUUUUAGGCAAGGUUUCAUACACUGAAAAACUUUGACUGUCGGCCUUACACACAAGGCUCCCGUCAAAUUGUAAGAUUGGUUAUCUGUUAUUAAAAACGUCUUUCAAACCAAGCAAAGUUAAGUCAGUCUCUAGCUCGUGGUUCGUCCUUUGUCAACUAUUGCCUUUAAUGAAUUUUCUCUGGCAUUAACAAAGUACAUCUGAAUGAAAACAAAACGAGGAUAGAAAGCUCACAUAAUUGCCGGCAUAGAUUUCAGCUUCGGCCCUUUAGUCUCCAGAAAUAUCACAGAUACUCGAAAGCGACUCCCUAUCAUGCCAUGCGGGCAAUGUAGAAUUGUCUUCCAUAAUUAUUGUGUUAGAUGUAAUAGUAAAAGACGAUAGAAAAAUCUUUAGUAAAAACACGUCGUAUGAAAAUUAAUGAAAAGUAAAUAUAUGACACCCACAACACUAGGCAAGACAUAAUACUAAGCAAACAGCUUUGCACUUGCUAAUAUUUUUGUGGUAGUCUACUCCUCCCUCUUUGAAGACGUGCGAGAGAUUCAUUUUCGCUCGCUCUCAGAGUGAUUUUAUUUAUGAAAGACGCACAUAUGAAUAAACAAUUUCAAACAUACACAAAGGACGGAACAAACUUUUACUUUUCAAACUACUAAUCUCACAGUUUCGAUGGGCCACAAUUUAGAUCAUGGCCCAUUCAAACAACAGUAGUUAGACUAAAUUCCAUCUCAAGUUGAUUGCGCUGAAAGCAAAUGCCAUUUAUCGGCCAUUCACAAAAAUCUCAAGUUGAUUGCCAUGAAAUGUCAAUUUAAAUCGGUUUCUGUUGUUAUUCACGGGAUCGCGCAGGUUUUCUUUCGCGAAGUAUUCUAGUACCUUAUUGAUUACUGUGCAAAUUCUGAAAGCCUAAGGUUUUUCACGAACGCUCGUAGCUGGAGCUGAAACGUUUCUCUUUCUUAAAUAUUACGUAAUUUGGUGUGGACUUUUUCCUGUCCCAUGGCCAGUUUACGUUGUUACUGUAAAUAAAGUACACAGAUCGCCCGUCGUUCUCUUCCUCUUCUCUCUUGCACUUACACUAUCGACACCAUCCUGUUCCUUAACGGACCGAGAUUUUUUCCACUCCCCUUUCCCACCCCCCCCCCCCCCCCCCCCCCCCCCCCCCCCCACCCACAACCUAUUUUUCCUGUCCCACGGCCCGUUUAUGUUUUUACUGUAUAAAAAAUACACAGAUCGCCCGUCCUUCUCUUCCCCUUCUCCCUUGCUCUUACCCUAUCCCCCCCCCCCCGUUCCCUUACGGACCCAGAUUUUUUCCCCCCCCCCCCCCCCCCCCCCCCCCCCCCCUCCCCCCAACACGCACACACACAUGAACUCAACGCAUGAACGCAACAUCUAGUGCUUCGGCAUAAGGCCGCUUAAUUUCAUGAAAUAAAGAAGGCCAGAGGACAUAUACUCCUUCACGGGCUACUUCACUCACUACCGGUACGAGUUCGUCAGUUUAGAGAAUUUGGCUUUUAUUCAGACUGUUUAUAAGACCUGCACAAAAUAAUGUACAGUCCAACCUGCCUUUUACGAACGCUGAAGGGACAGAGCAAAAUGCCCGUAUUAGAGAGACACCCGUCACCACAAAUGACGUCAGUUUUAACAAUUCAGUGACUAAACACAGGCCCACAUUUUUCUUUCAAGUGUAUUUAAACUGAUCAAUAGAGAGCUCCAGAUUCCAAGACGAGUAUGACUACGAGAACAAGGAUUUUCUCAAUAUUGAAUAGUGCGCGCGCUUGAAUCAGCGUCAUUUUGGCGGAAAACAUGAUAGCCGUCGUAGUACUGUCAAGCAAGUUAUUUACUUUUAGAAGUUUUAUCGAUAUGCGAUCAGGAGCGGGCUUAACCCUUUCAAUAAAAAUAACCUUGCUAACUCUUCUGGUGAAAAAAAAAGCACAAUGACGUUUUCCCGGGUGUAUAUUUUUUUGAGAAUAUACGGAAAACUUAAGGUCACUAAAGGUCUCUGUCUAUCAGUAAAGCAGUAACGUACUAUUUAACAAUUAUUCCACGAGUGUGCGUAGCGCCUCGUUGGCUAUAAUUAUCUAACACCCAACAAGCGCGAGUGGAAUCAUUGUUUUGUUAAAAACGCCCACAAAAUAUGGAGAAUUUUUCCCGACUUUAUUUGUAAAAACAACCGACUUUUCAGUUUGUUUUUAAUUUUGAGACAACGCGCACAGUUACCAUAUUCGGAGACCAUGGUAUUAUGGCUCAUGUACCAUGAUGGCUUAGCAAAUCAGAGCUCUAGAAUUGUAUUAUCCAAUGAUUCAGUUUUUAAUAAUUAUAAUUAAUAGACUGUACAUCUCCGUUACCUACACAAACGCUUUCCUAUUCUUCUCUUUGGUCACAUGUUAGGGUAUUUUUUUAAAAUUUAAACUCCAGUUGAAGGUAAUUCAAUAAAGCGCUGAUAUAUAUUACUGCCGUACCACAAUUUCAUUAACAAACUACCAUCUGUAUCUGUAUCUGUAUUCUGCGUUUUCGACCAUGGGACCAGCAUCAAAGUGGUUUGGGUUACUGGGCGAUAGUAUUAAAAUGUGUGUUGGAGAAGAAAACGAUUGAAAUGUCACUUCAUCAAUACUUUGUCGCAUUUGCAAAUACAGUGGCCAGUGAAAAUGCAGAACUGCACGUUCUGCGCAUGCUUCCGGGUAUUUCGUUUUGGGUUGUAUACACAAUCUCGUUCCUAGAGGCGGCGAUCCUUUUGGUCAGAGACGGGGAUGACUCCUGGGUAGGUUGGCUGUUUACAGCCUCUGUAGAGGUUGAAACGAACACGACAAACUGCGCUAAGCCGGACACCUUGUGAAGCCUAUGUAACACAUCAUUCACUUGGUUUUCUGAACUUCACUGCAAGGUUGUGGUGCAUUGUGUAGCCGUCAUAAAGUGUCCGACCUCCUUAACCCAGCUCAACAAACAGCACUGAAGAGCAGAAAUAGCGCUUAUAAAAAAGAUUAAGAGAAAAUAGACUUCUGUGAAUAAUCUAUUUCACUUUACAAAAACUGGGCGUUCCGUGUAGAUUGAAUAGUUUGAACGAGUCAAAGGAACCCAGGUGAUAAAAACAAUACACAACCAAACAAAUUUACGACAAUGAUCACUUAAUGGCUCCUGUGGUCUUCUGUUUGAGCAACAAUGAAAAAAAUAGCUAGCUCCGGAAAUGGCGAUUUGAGUGAUCAAUGCAACCUCUAAUGCAUGUUUCAUCGACGCCGCCCGCCUUCGAUGAACAAUCCAUUACAAAUUACGAUCAAAUGUUCUGUUUGUAUGCAAAUAUAUUUAAUGGAACGCUAUUCAAUAUUUGGACAGGAGCUACACACUUGACCUCCUAAAUUUUUACGUCCUUUUCUAAUUAUACUGCCCCUUCUUUGAAGUGGUAUAUUCCGGCCGUGUAAGCAUGCUAUUUUUUUUUUUUUCAAUUAUUCCUCUGGUACAUCUGGUAUUUUUUUCCAUGUUUAUAACCGUGCGACUACUUAUCAUCCGAGAAGUAUCACUAAAGAAAAGGGAAACAAAAAAACAAAACAAUUUGAUCAGUUUUAUUGCAAUAAAAUUAAAGAGUCAUCGGAUCGGAGGGCUUCUAAAUUGCAUGAUGGUAAUCUGGUGAAAACUCUGCGUUAACCUCAAACAACCUGACAAAGCACUUAAUCUCAACGGCCUGGUUGGCCGGCAUUGUUAAAAAUACAUUUAAGCAAGAAUCUUAUACCGUGUAAGUGGAUAUUUCAGAACCAACAGCUGUGCACUUGUCGUGCAUAAAAAUGAAUAUUUUCACCUUUAUUAAAUAAAGCUGUUCUAGCUAUGCACUCCAGGACCCACUCUAUUAAUACCCUGUUGUGUGCUUCGCAACAAUAAUCUCAAGAGUUGAGAUCUAUAAUAUUACUUUUCUGCCAAAUAGCAAUUUAACAGAGGUUCCCGUUUGGCUUUAAGCGUCCUUUUGUUUAUCAGUUACCGCACAUUACGUAGCUUUGUUCAAGAGCAAAUUACCCGUAAAUGUAGUUUGCAAGAUCAUGCAAAUUCACGGUGAUUUCAUGUUAUUAGCUACAGGCACCCAUUUGUUUCACAUCGAUGCGUGCUUUUUACUUGCCCAUGCAGAGAAACAAGAUUUGACAUCAUUUUCCGCAGGAUGUCGAGAGUAGAUUUUAGGCGGCAGGUUUUACUUAACAAAGAAACCUGGCGAAAAGAGUUUCGCUGGAACCGAUCAUCUUAGAACUCACUCAAGGACAUUGUUUGUUUUAUCGCCUGGGAUUAACAAUUGUUAACAUUUGGGCUGUAUAUUGUUGUUUCUUUGAAACAGGAAUGGCUACAGGAGCCAAACUUACAAACUCGACGUCAAGUGCACUUACAGAAGCUCUGCCUACUCAACUGGCCAAGAUAAACCCAGGAAUUACAAAUAUUGUUCUAGCAGUGUUCGUCGCCUUGCAAAUCGUUGUGGCUUUGGGAGGAAAUUUUCUCGUAGUGGCAAGCUUUUACACAUUCCGGGAUCUACGGACAAAGUGCAAUUUUUUCAUCAUCUCUUUAGCAGUCAGUGAUAUUUUGGUGGCUUUCAUCGCUAUGCCAUUCUGGUUCACAAUACAACUAACCGAUAACGAUUGGAUUUACAGCAAGGAGCUGAAACAAUUUUGGGACAACACGGAUAUUUUGUGUGGCACUGCAUCUAUAAUGAACCUAACAGCAGUAAGCUUCGACCGCCAGCUGGCCAUCACUUCUCCGUUUAGCUAUCCCAAGAUCCUAACAACUCGGCGCGUAAUUUAUAUAAUAGGUUUCGUCUGGUUAUACGCUGCGGCUAUAUCAUGUUUAAGGUUGAUCAACGCGCCUGAUCUGGACUGGCCAUAUCCGAACUAUCUUUACUUCGUCUCCAUUGUAAGCUUCUUUCUACCUUUGCUCGCGAUGCUUGUUAUGUACACUCGUAUCUACCUUGUGGCUAGAUAUCAAGCUAAACGCAUCGGGAGAAACUACGCGUCUGAUAUUAAAGCCGCAAAGACAAUCGCAGUGGUUAUAGGAAGCUUUGUCAUCUGCUGGCUUCCGUUUUUUAUGGUUGUGCUAUCAUGGGCAAGCCCUUCCUUAGCUCCUCUACCAACCACUUUCUUCAACAUAGCAAAAUGGCUCGAAUAUUUGAAUAGUUGUCUGAACCCAAUUAUCUACACGUGCUUAAACCGAACCUACCGAAACGCUUUCAGGAAACUGUUUCGUCGAUGCCGGUCCAAAAUUAUGAGAGACAACAGAGACCCUACUUUAGGUACAACGUGGAUGAGCAUGGCCGAAACACACGCCAUAACGCAGGCAGGGCGCGAAUUGUCAUCCGACGCCAACGGACCUAUGAUUUCUAACGGAGGGGCGAUCGAGGAUGUUAAUGAGAACUUGCCUCUUAAAGAUGCGUUAUGAGAUUGCUAACAGUGUUACCUAAAGAUUGAUUUUGCAUCUGAAUGCCGUCUGUCAAAUAAUUUAAUAUUUAUAGAAAACCUGAUCCUUACACUUAGAAGCCGGUUGCUUAAACGAGUAUUACGGUUGAUAAACAAAACUGUGUUUGAGCUAUUUCCAAUUUGGCCCUUCUAAACAUUGUUAACCGGAAACAAUAUCAAUGAAGAAAGUAUCAAGCGCGGACUGGAAAAUCGGUAAUCAACUUCAUAGCAAUACUGGAGAUCUAACAAUUGUCUCAAACCACAAGCUAAGUUCGCUUCGUUUUUUGCAAGCGUCCCAUGGACACGAGCUUAGUUCUAAAACAAUGAAUUUGCUGAUAGGAAGAUAAACAUCACUGGGAAAAGUAGGAAGAGAUAAUCUUUAAACACUGUCUAUACAGAUAGGUGCUUGACUUCAGCACGAGAAUUUCUAUCGUUAUUAACAUGUUUGAAACUUUUGAGAAACUUUUUUUAAGGACGUUGUAAAUGAAGAGCGAAAACACAAAGAGGAAAUGUAACAACGCAAAAUGUCUCGAAAAUUUAGCAAAAAGUAUUAACUUUAUUAUUAACUUUCUCGUUUACCAUAAGAACUAUCAAUAACCUAAGGGCAAAAACACUAAAAGCGCAAAGUUUUCUACAAUUUUUUAGGUCUUUCAAGAAUUUUCAAGCCAAAUGUCUUAGUUCUCCAGAAUGUUAUAAAAAGGAAAAACGUACAAAAAUUAAGUCGCAAGAUAAAGCCGCGUGUCAAAAACAUCGCUGACUUGGAUGAAAAAAAUGGUUUCACGAUGAAACGGAGUAGAAAUAACCCAAAAUAACAACGUCUGGAUCAGAGUUCGUUUAGACUUUCCCGCUGUGAAGGAAGCUUCAUGAAGGUAGUGAUAAUUUAUAACUGUUAUUUAACUCAAGACAAAUUAUUUGUACAGAUAAGCUGCAGAGCUCGCUGAGAACAAAUUGGUUCAUAUAAAGAAACUUUAACAAAUUAGUAAGGACGACUGGAAAUAAUUAAAACUUGAAAUGCCGAAGAGUCUAAAUCAAGAGUAUUACCGAUGUAAACAAAAACCGGCGGAAUACUCUACGAGUUAGGAAUGCAUAGUGGCCGUCGAAGUCCAUCGCAUAUUAAUUAUAUUGUAACAG